GCACAGUUUUUUGUUUGUUCAUUCACUGCAUGCCAACUUGACGUAACAAAUGUAAAUAAGAGAUCAUAUGAUCGAUCAACUGUCAAAGUGCAUCAAUUUCAUCAGUAUUAACUACGGCUGUCGUCAAUAGACGACCGAGUGACAUUUGCGUUAGAAUAUCAUGUAACCGAUAGCAUAUAAUGGCAGCUACAACAGAGGGAAUAAAAUGUGGUAACUUUACAUUCUACAAUCACUUUGAUUCGGCUAAUUUGGCUAAAGUAGAGCAGCUCAAGGUGUGCGAAGGAUCUCCACGUAAUGAAAGUCUUGAACAUGAUGGGAAAUUUAGUCGGACUGUGCCAGACGAGAUACCAGAAUACGAGUUCAAUGUAUGGACCAAACACGAUUGCCAUGGUACAGAUUAUCAGAACACCAAUAGAACUUGGUUCUACUUUGGUGUCAAAGCGCCAGCACCAGAUGCUAUUGUCAAAAUAAAUGUGGUUAAUCUCAACAAGCAAGUGAAAAUGUUCAGCCAGGGAAUGUGUCCUGUUUAUAAAACUGUACCAGGUCAUUCGCAAUGGGAACGAAUACGAGACAAGCCGUCCUUUACUCUUGAUCACAAGGGCAGCGAAUUCACCUUAUCGUUUUUAUUUCGUACACCAGAAAAUAGCAAGGCUAUUAGUUAUAUUGCAUUCACCUAUCCAUUCUCAUAUACGGACUUGCAAAAUUAUUUGAAGCGAAUAGAUGCAAAAUUGAUGAAGAAAAAUGUUACGCUUGCUGACGAUAUUUAUUAUCAUAGAGAAUGUGCUAUAAUGUCUCUGGAGGGCUUGAGGUUGGACUUGUUGACGAUAAGCUCUCAUCACAACAUUUCAACCGAGAGGGAGGCAAAGCUGAAACGACUAUUUCCAAUAAAAGAUGAAGAGAGACCAUUCAAAUUCAGAGGCAAAAAGAUUAUAUUCAUAAGUGCCAGAGUUCAUCCGGGAGAGACACCAUCCAGUUUUGUGUUCAAUGGAUUUCUCAAUUUUCUGCUAAAUCGAGAAGACCCUAUAGCUAUCAAUCUACGUCGGAGUUAUGUUUUCAAAAUGAUUCCAAUGCUCAAUCCCGAUGGAGUGGCCAGAGGACAUUAUCGGAUGGAUACAAGGGGGGUCAAUUUGAACAGAGUCUAUCUCAAUCCAUCUUUCAUCGAUCACCCAACUAUAUAUGCUGCCAGAGUGCUCAUUUUGUAUCAUCAUCACUUUUAUCAAGUGCCAGACGAGAUUCCUUCUGAGAAAUCAUUGAACAUUAAUUUAGAAGUUGGCGAAAGAAAAGUCAAUGUGAUUGGACCUACUGGAUCUCUGACUAAUGUUAUUCGUGAUACAACCAACAGACUACUGCAGCAGGUGACACUGAUGACCUUGGAUGAAAAAGGCAGGGAUGGGACAGAAUCUCGAACGGUAUGUGAGCUGGCAGAGGGAGCUCCAGGGCACAUACUGCAUGGAGGCAAAGAACAGUUUGUUGAAAACUCAAAAGCAAAAUUGCAAAAUUCAGAAAACGAAUGUAAUAAGAAAACAUGUACCGCGCUAGCCAUUGGACAAUUCCCAAUAGAUCCUGAGAACUCUGGACUCUAUUUAUACAUCGAUUUACAUGGUCAUGCUUCAAAGAAAGGAGUAUUUAUGUAUGGAAAUCAUUUUGACAAUGCGGAAGAUACUGUUAUGUGUAUGCUCCUUCCAAAGUUGAUGUCUCUCAAUAAUCCAAACUUUCAUUUCACUUCUUGUAACUUUGCAGAAAGGAAUAUGUAUUUGAUUGAUAAACGUGACGGUAUGUCACGUGAGGGGUCUGGUAGAGUGGCAGUUUAUAAGUUAACUGGCCUGGUGCGGAGUUACACUUUGGAGUGUAAUUACAAUUCCGGUAGAAUGGUAAACUCGAUGCCAGCUAGAGUACGGGAUGGAGUAAACAAAACACAAAGCCACAUGUUUGUCCCACCAAAGUAUACACCUACUGUUUUUGAAGAGGUUGGAGCUGCAUUAGGGCCGUCGAUUCUAGAUCUUACAACAAAUAAUCCCAAUAGCCGCCUCCCAAACAGCCAAUAUCGUUCACUGAGGGGUGUACGAUCAUAUUUAAAGUUAACGUACGUGAACCUCGCUUCAUCGUUCAAUCGACCAUUGAGUAAGGGUUCAGGUGGAGUGGAUGCUACAAAUCAACGCACUCUGGAUACAAAUGAAUCAAAGAUGAAUUCUUCUACCGAAGAUUGUAGUACUUCAGUGAAAAGUGGUAUAAUCCUGGCAGUUAAAACAAAUAGGAUACGACGAGCCUCUUUGAUUUAUACAAAUUUUAAAAGGAUUGCAUGUAGUAGAAAAACCAGACCGGUUAGCAGUAACAGAAUGUUGAAAAAUCAAGACGGAUGUAAGAUCGAAGAUGAUAAUUUGUCGUCCGGUGCGAGGUUGCCAUCUGCAAUUGCUGUAAGAAAGAAAUUGUUGAAAUCUGUCGAUCAUAUUCCAAGCAUUACAUCAAACGUAGCUAAUAUCAGAUCGACUGUACUACCUAAAUUGUCAACGCACAAGCGCUCGAACCGCCAGUUAACAUUGAAUAAUUUCAAACAUCAAAUGAUUAGUGAAAAAUCACUCGUUCUUAAACACAAAUCUGAACGUCCAAAGGCUAUCCCCUCAAAAAAGUUUGCAAAAACUCGUCCAGAAAUUGGGGAAUCCUCAAAAUCAACAUUACCUGGAAAGGUGGUGCCUACAGUAUCAUCAAGGGCAUUUUUUUUGUGCAAUAAACAGAAUAACAAGAAUAUAUUUGGCAGAGUGCGGAAGCCUUUUAUUAAAAUCGAGCAAAUAAAAUCAAAGAAGUCUUCCAAGCUGAAAUUGAAAGGUAAGAAUUCUUUACUCAUUUCCAAAUUGUCUGGGAAUGAAGAUAGCAGUGGACUCACAGAAUGAGAGUGUUGGCAAACUAAAAGAUCCUAUUUUAAUUAUUAUUGAGCUGAUUUCUGAAACAUUUGAUCUUGAUAUAAAUCUUUAGUUUUUACAAUAUUAAUAUGUCUUGAUGUAUUAUGAAUUUAUCGAGACUCUGACCCAAGUUUGCUUUAGAAUGCAGAACUUCAAUCACACUCAGAAACACAAAUUAAUUGUAACAACGUGGUAAUAAAAUUUCUAUUACAAAUCUA